UGACUGGUUAGUGAAAAAAAAAAAAUAUAUAAUGACUGGUUCGUGACUUUGUCCUUACUUCUAUAGAAGUUAACAUUGAGAUAGUGACGUUUAGUUCGACUCGCUUCUGUCAUGUGUUUCUAUCAAAGUGGUAAUUGUUGCGAAAAAAAAAUGUGAGGUUUUUUUUAAAAUACUAUACAUAUGGUCUGAUUUUUUUUUUAACGCUGAUUUAUUAGGAUAUUACAAUUAUAAGAAAAAUUACAUAGACGGUUCGACAACCGAUAAUACUAUCCGCCCUAUGAAGAUCUACAUCUAAUUGCAUCACCGUAAUCGUCCUAUGAAGAUCUACAUCUAAUUGCAUCACCGUAAUCGUCCUAUGAAGAUCCACGCUUGACCGGGUUUACUUGUACUAUAUAUGUUGAAGAUUCCUUGUAAGUUUUUCUUCCGUAAUCUACAUAAUUGUUUAAUAAAUUUUUUUCUCCGGAAAUUAAAAUCUGGAUCUGGUGUAAAAACCAUAAAUAUGGUCUGAUUAGUAUAACAAAAAAAGGUAUCACGUUAUGAUAUAAAAAUUUAGAAAAUGAUUUUUUUAUAAGAAAAAAUCACGGUGAAGUAUUUUCACUUUUCUCAAAUCUUUAUACUCGAGGCAUAAGUAUAAAACGUCGAGUUUUGACCUAUUUAUUUACGGCCUAUUUCACUAGAAACGUAUUUGUGUUCCUUAUUUAUUUAUACAGGUGCUUUUGGUUAUUUAUUAUUUUGUUUCCUUGUCCAGCACGUUUUAGAAUUUUAUUUUAUUUUGCUUUUAGGUCUUUUAAGAGCUCUCUAUCUAUAUAUAUAUAUAUAGGCUUUCCCUUGGUGCGAUUUGAUUCUUCUUGUAAAAAAAUCAAAAGAUGGUGUUCUUCUCGAUUCCGAACGAGAAGACCUUAUCGAUCAACGUGAACCCUAAUUCAACCACAAUCUCCGCCUUCUCACAAUUGAUUCACCAACGCACUCAUCUUCCUCAAUCCCUCAUUCGUUACUCCCUCUCUCUCCGAAACGCUAACCUUCACGACGAUUCCGAUGUUACGUUAUCGGAUCUUGGAUUCGGUUCUUCCUCUACGGUAUAUCUCCACAUCCCUCUACUCGGCGGCGGAGCAAGACUCGAUUUCCUCGACUCAAAGCCUCCGGCGAACUACGUCGCAGGUUUGGGCCGUGGAGCUACCGGAUUCACAACGCGAUCCGAUAUCGGAUCUGCUCGUAUAGCCGCUGGUGCGCCAGGGAAGUCGAGAAACGAAGCUGAAGAGGAGGAGAGUCAGAGUCAUCACAAGUUUGAUGAAUUCGAAGGGAACGACGCCGGAUUGUUCGCGGAUUCCGUAUACGACGAGGAGGACAAGGAAGCUGAUGCGAUAUGGGAAGCUAUUGAUUCGAGAAGGAAAGAUUUUAAAGAAGAAGUCGAGAAUUACAGAGCUUCGAAUCCGAAAAUCUGCGAGCAGUUUACGGAUUUGAAGAGGAAGCUAGAUACAGUGUCUGCUGAAGAAUGGGAUAGUAUCCCGGAAACUGCGAAUUACUCGCGUCAGAAGAAGAAGAAGAAGAGGUUCGAGAGCUUUGUGCCUGUUCCUGAUUCGGUUAUUUUGGAUAAGGCCUUGGAUUUGACUGCUGUAGGUGAAGGAAGAGGCACAUUGUUGUCUUUGAAGCUUGAUAAGUUGUCUGAUUCUUUUUCGGGGAAAGCCUCUGUUGAUCCGAAAGGAUACUUGACGGAGCUGAAGAAUCUUGAAGUGGAGGUUGCUGAUGUGUUUCAUAUCAAUAGAAGUCGAGUUUUGUUAAAGAGUGUAACGAUGUCGAACCCGAAGAAUCCUAACGGCUGGAUUGCUGCUGCUAGGCUGGAAGAGAGGGCGGGGAAGUUGAAAGUCGCCAGGGUUCAGAUUCAGAGAGGAUGUGACGAGUGUCCGAAAGAGGAGGAUGUUUGGAUUGAAGCUUGUAGAUUGGCUAAACCAGAGGAGAAGAAAGCGGUGGUUGCGAGAGGAGUUAAGCAGAUACCGAACUCUGUGAAGCUAUGGUUAGAGGCUUCGGAGCUGGAGGAGGAGAAGAAGAGUUUAGUGUUGCGGAGAGGUUUGGAGAAUGUUCCGGAUUCGGUUAGGUUAUGGAAGACUCUUGUUGAUAUGGUUAAUGAAGAAGAUGCGAUUGUUUUGCUUCAUAGAGCUGUGGAGUGUUGUCCUUUGGAUGUAGAACUGUGGUUAGCACUUGCGAGGCUUGAAACGUAUGAGAAUACGAAGAAACUGUUGAAUAAAGCGAGGAUAAAGCUUCCUAGAGAGCGCGGGAUUUGGAUUACUGCAGCUAAGGUGGAGGAAGCUAAUGGGAACACCGAUAAAGUGGGAACGAUUAUCGAGAAAGGUUUGAAGGCUUUGCAGAGUGAAGGCGUUGUUAUUAACCGGGAAACCUGGAUAGAAGAAGCUGAGGCCUGUGAGAGAACCGGAGCUGUUGCGACGUGCAAGGCGAUUAUUGAGAAUGUUAUUGGUUUUAACGUUGAGGAACAAGAUAGGAAGAGAACUUGGGUUGCUGAUGCAGAGGAAUGUGAGAAGAGAAGUUCUAUAGAGACCGCAAGAGCGAUUUACGCGCAUUCUCUUACUGUUUUCUUGACUAAGAAGAGUAUUUGGAUUCAUGCGGCAGAUCUUGAGAGAAGCCAUGGGAGUAGAGAGUCUCUUGACGCAGUGUUGCGUAAAGCUGUGUUGUACUUGCCUCAAGUUGAGGCUCUUUGGCUAAUGGGUGCUAAAGAGAAGUGGCUAGCUGGAGAUGUUUCCGGGGCUCGGGUUAUUUUACAAGAAGCUAAUGCCGCGAUUCCAAACUCUGAGGAAAUCUGGCUUGCUGCUUUCAAGCUUGAGUUUGAGAAUAAAGAAAUUGAAAGAGCGAGGAUGAUUUUGGGGAAAGCAAGAGAAAGAGGAGGAACCGGGAGAGUAUGGAUGAAAUCAGCGGUUUUCGAGAGGGAAUUAGGCAACGUCGAAGAAGAGAAACGAUUGCUCGAACAAGGCGUGAAGCGGUUCCCGAAGUUCUUUAAGCUUUGGUUAAUGCUUGGACAGCUCGAAGAAAGGCUUAACCAUCUAGUACUAGCCAAGAGAGUUUAUUCGUCUGGUUUGAAUCAUUGUCCUCAGUGUAUACCAUUGUGUCUCUCACUAGCUGAUCUUGAAGAGAAGAAACUGAACGGACUCAACAAAGCUAGAGUCAUUCUCACAAACGCUAGAAAAAAGUAUCCGAAAGAAGACGAGCUUUGGUUAGCCGCGAUUCGUAUUGAACUCAGACAUGGAAAUAAGAAAGAAGCAGAGAGGUUAAUGUCAAAGGCACUUCAAGAGCUUCCCAAAAGUGGUAUCCUCUUAGCAACUGAUAUUCAAAUGGCUCCGCAGUGUCCUCUCCCGAAGAUCAAGAUCAAGGAUGCGUUAAAGAAGAAUUGUGUUAAAGAAGCGUAUGUUACUGCAUCGGUUGCUAAAAUCUUUUGGAGAGCAAAGAAAGUGGAUAAAGCUAGAAAAUAUUUUGAACGUACCGUGAAACUUAACCCGGAUAACGGAGAUUUUUGGGCGCUGUAUUACAAAUUCGAGGUUCAACAUGGCUCCGAGGAAAAGCAAAAGGAGGUUUUGAACAGAUGUGUGGUCUCUGAGCCAAAGCAUGGUGAGAAAUGGCAAGCUGUUUCCAAAGCUUUGGAGAAUUCACACCAAAGUGUUGAAGUUAUCUUGAAGAAAGUUUCUAUUGCAUUGAACAGGGAAGACCAUAUAUUAACUUAAACUACUUCAAGCUUUUUUCGUUCUUCUCCAACUUGAUGAUUAAAACCCUUACUUGUUGUCUUUGCAGGCUUUAUCAGGUUUUAAACUCCUUGAUGUUUUGCAAUCUUUAUCAGGUUUUUCUUUUUGAAUAAAUAUUCAACUUAUUUUGAUCAACAUUGAAUUUGCCUGUAUAAGUUUAACUAUGUCAUUAGUUUUAUAUGAUUUUGAAUUCACUACGGUCUACGAGACCUUCUACUGCGAUGACACUAUUUACUUUGGGGAUGUAUUAAGUGUGAAAUUUAAAGUGGUUUUUAUUAAAACAAUAACUUUUUUAACAACAAAAUUUAUGUUAAAAUGUAUUUAUAUUUUUUUAAAAUUCAAAAUUAUUGAUGUUCAAAAAAUGUACUUUAAAUUUACGGGAUAUUCAAAAUAUUUUAAAUAAUGGAUUUGAGAAGAUUAUAAUGAAGUAUUUUAAAAGAGUCUUUUAGGUAAACUCAUGCUCAAAAACUCAGACGAGGCGGCUGCCUGGCCGAAGAUUAUACGUGCGGCGGCCAGUAAAUCAGCCCUAUUUAGUUAUUAAAUAGGGUUGUGAAUAAAACUUCUUUUUCGUUUCAUUUGAUAUUAAAAAUGGGUUUACUUUAGUUAGAUCUAUAAAGAUCCGAAAGAUUUGAGGAAGAAAGCGGUGAAAAAGAUGUAAGUGAUUAAGAAAAAGAAAGGAGGUUUACUGGAAAAUUGCAGCGUCAAGGAAGAAGAAGAUUAUAAAAUUACGGAUUUACCACACACGCAUAACUUAUCCAAUUAAACUCCAACUUUUUUCUUUUAAUUUGAUAAGCCUGUACCGUCCGUCUGACUCACGCAUACAAAUUGGUUAAAACAUAAAAAAUCUAAAUUUCGUAGUUAUAUGUAUGAGAUUUUGAAGUGAUUUAAAAAAAUCAUUGCAAUUUUUUAGUGCAACUAAAAUCAUCUUAAAUACAUAAUUCAAUACGCCACUUUGUUUUAAAUUUUUAAUUCAUGUUUUUAUCAUCUAAUUCAUCCAUACUAUUAAAACAGAAACACUUUUUAUUUACUUACAAAUAGUAUAGGUUAGACCUUUUAAUUUAUUAAGUUUUUAUUGUUUUGCAUAUAAUAAAUUUUGUUAUUAUUAAAUAUACAGAUAAUCUUAACAUAUUAUUUAAAUAUUUUUCAAACUAAAAUCAAAAGAUAUUAUUGAGUAUCGUUUAUAAUAUUGCAUUUUAACAAUAUCUUUAAUAUAUUUUUUAUUUCAAAAUAUAGAUAUUUAUUGUUUUAAUAUU